GGCGCCCGAGAAAGACGUGCCGGAGCUCGGCCGCCGGGUCCUCUGCAUCGGAACGGGAAGGUGGUCCGGGAAGAGGGCGCUUGCCGGCCGGGCUUCCCUCGCCGAGCCUCAGGGCCCCCUAGUCGCCGGUCUGGGUCAGAGCAUCUGAUACACUGCUGAGCAGAGCCUUGACACACUGUCUAGGAUCUUUUAAAGAACUAUUGAAGACGGUGGUUUUUUGUUUUUGAUUUUUGUAUGUUUUUUAAUGGAUUUUAAGAAUCUUAAAUAUAAUACAGUUUGACAUGAUGGCAAAAAAUGUUGGUUUGACUUCCACAAAUGCAGAACUGAAAGGAUUCAUAGAUCAGAAUCUCAGUCCAACAAAAGGUAAAUACCUAGAAGUGGAAUUGCUGAGUCACAUGGUAACAUUUCACUGGUUGCAUUUCCAGUUUCCAGUACCAGCUCACCAACAAAGAUCUUACCAAAAACCUUAGGACCAAUAAAUGUGAAUGUUGGACCCCAAAUGAUUAUAAGCACACCACAGAGACUAACCAAUUCAGGAAGUGUUCUGAUUGGGAGUCCAUAUACCCCUGCACCAGCAAUGGUCACUCAGACACACAUAGCCGAGGCUACUGGCUGGGUUCCCAGUGAUAGAAAACGAGCUAGAGAAUUUCUAGACUCUGACUUUUCAGAAAGGUCAAAUGAAACUCUUCAGAAACUAUGGUUGAUGGCACCUACAAACUGCAAUAAACGAAGCAAAAAAGGUGAUAAAAAUGGAAAAGGCUUGAGACAUUUUUCAAUGAAAGUAUGUGAGAAAGUUCAGCGGAAAGGCACAACAUCGUACAAUGAAGUAGCUGACGAGCUGGUAUCAGAGUUCACCAAUUCAAAUAACCAUUUAGCAGCCGAUUCGCAGGCUUAUGAUCAGAAGAACAUUAGGCGAAGAGUUUAUGAUGCUUUAAAUGUGCUGAUGGCAAUGAACAUAAUUUCAAAGGAAAAAAAAGAAAUCAAAUGGAUUGGUCUACCUACCAAUUCUGCACAGGAAUGCCAAAACCUGGAGAUAGAGAAGCAGAGGCGGAUAGAACGGAUAAAGCAGAAGCGGGCCCAGCUACAAGAACUUCUUCUUCAGCAAAUUGCUUUCAAAAACCUGGUACAGAGAAAUCGGCAAAAUGAACAGCAAAACCAGGGCCCUCCAGCUAUGAAUUCCACCAUUCAGCUGCCAUUUAUAAUCAUUAAUACAAGCAGAAAAACAGUCAUAGAUUGCAGCAUCUCCAGUGACAAGUUUGAAUACCUUUUUAAUUUUGACAACACCUUUGAGAUUCAUGAUGACAUAGAAGUGCUGAAGCGGAUGGGAAUGUCCUUUGGUCUGGAGUCAGGGAAAUGCUCUCUGGAUGACCUAAAACUUGCGAAAUCUCUGGUGCCAAAAGCUUUGGAAGGUUACAUCACAGAUAUCUCCACUGGACCUUCUUGGUUAAAUCAGGGACUACUUUCAAACUCUGCACAGUCAGCUUCAAAUUUAGACCUGACCCCUGGUGCCACUUUACCUCAGUCCAGUGUUAACCAAGGGUUGGCCUUGGAUGCUGAAGUGGCCUUAGCAACCGGGCAGCUCCUUGCCCCAAACAGUCACCAGUCCAGCAGUGCCACUUCUCACUGCUCUGAGUCCCGCGGCGAGACACCCUGUUCAUUCAACGACGAAGAUGAAGAAGAUGAUGAGGAAGACUCCUCCUCCCCAGAAUAAAGACAGGAGAACACUCACAUUUUAUUAUUCAGUGCUCAUGUGUGUUUUAGUGUGAGCUCUCAUUUUUGGAAUGAUCGCUUCCAUCUUUGCCUGUUUGCACUGUGUGUUCAGUGACAGCUGGAGAAACACAAUCAGCAAAUACAUGAAGGCUCAGAUGAUUGAAAUGGAAGUUAACACAGUGCGAAUGAAAACUGUCAGCACAGCAAUAGAUCACACCGCCAGCAAAGCAUGCUUUCUGAGGAGAUAAAGGGGGAAUAAUCCUGGAAGAAUUGGCAGCAUGAAUGAAAUUCAUUUAUUUUCCAGAGAGUAGGGUCUUUGAAUUCCCCACACUUGUGUGAUCACUUUAGAACUGAGAUGGCUAAAGGAAUAGUCCAUUCUGACGAUCAUGUUUUUACUUCCCUGCCUGGGCUGCCUGUCCCAGGCAAGAGUGAGCAUGAAUAUGCUGGUGCAAUGUGCAGUGAAGGCUGCAGAUUGCAGUCCUGUGCCUGAGGAGCUCAGAUGCAUUGCUGGGGUGCUUCAUGCACCCACUGCCUUAGCCUCUAGAAAGGAUCGAGCGCUGACUCUUAAGUACUUAAGUGACGUUUAGAGUAACUUAUAGUAAAGCUGAAAUGACCAUUAGUAGCCAGUGCACUGGUGCAUUAAACUUACUAGGGCUACUUCUGGAAGCCAAAAUAGAGUAGCAUUUCCAUGUGCAUUAAAAAUGUUGCCAGCACUGCCUUUUGCCAGCAUUCUAAAUCUGGAGUUUUACCGAGAAGGAAACUAUGUCUAUAGUUUUAAUCAAAGCUAUGCAUUUUAUGCAGCUUUUUCAUUUACAAUGAAACAAAGAAGCAGAGUCCUUUGACCAAAUUGCUUGUAGCUACCUGUAGUACUGUGUGAUUUUACCCUUGUGCAAUUUGUGAGAAUGAACCAAAUGUCAUUUCUUUUGUCUUGAAAGAAAAGUCUAUUUCAAGAAUAUGAAAAUCAAUGUACUCUUAUACACGUUACCUUUUUCAUAUUUUAAUAAUCAAAAUUACCAUAUUAGAUUUAUUCCUAGGUGAAUUUCAUUUUGAAGUAACCCAAUAUUCAGUGUUUUUUGUUAAAAACCUUGAACACUCCAGUUAUUGGAUCUGCACUAGAGUGGUAUGCACCCAUUAUUUCAAAGCCAGAAACACUAUGGGAACUCCAACUGCUGUGCAUUCAUGACCUGUGCUCCUCUGACUGAGGAGCAUGGGGCAUCCACCACCCAAGCCCAGCCCAGCCUAGCUUACUAACACAGUAAGGCCUUAAAAAGGAGCAAAGAAUGGUAGAAGAGCCAGCUCCAAAACUGACUUGAGCCAUGGGCAUUUGUUCCAAGCCUGUGCAUCUGGCAUCUGUGGGCCUGUCCGACACCCCAUGCAGCCCAGCCUGCUGCUUUCUGAAGCUCGGGCUUCACCUUGUGAUGCCUUUCUAAAGCAUGGACUGUGCUUACAAUGAGCUGGAGCAGAGGGCUUUAGCUGGCUCCAAAAUCUUGAGGCCAUCAACACUGAUAAGUACAAAUUCAGCUGAGGCUCCUUUGAGAGGAAGUUCAUUCUGUCAGAGGGAAGCAGUCCAGAAUGCCCAGGGGCUAUAUAGCAGGGCCCAUGAUUCUACAGGAGGCAUUUCUGGCUGGAAAACUGUUGGGCAAAAGGUCAGGGUUUCCUUUCAAGCCAUCUUCUAAGGAGCUGCUGCCUCCUCAACCAGUCUCACCCUUUAUGUCUCUAUAGUAAGGGGUCCUAGCAGGGACAUGGAAAGGCCAAGGACCACAGCUGCUUUUUAGUCUUCAAAAUACUGAGCUAUAGGUCCCACCCUGUUUUAAAACUUAAGGCAAAUGCAUGGAUCAUACCCAUUUCUUUACUGAGCAGUAAAAUCCUUGCUAGAGUUCUUGGGACCUUGCUUCCUGCUUCUGUCUCUAGCUCUAUCCCUGUGGCAGUAGUGCUUUAAGCUGAUGAAAUACGGGAUUUUAAAAGCCAACCCAAAGAAGUGCAUUGAUGCAGCCUAUAAUCAUGGCUCUUGGGAAAUGGAAAUCCUCUGCUACAUAGUGAGUUCAAGACCAGCCAGGCUACAAUAAACCCUGUUGCAAAAAAACAAAAGCAAAGACUAAUUCUUACUGGUACCCCACCACUAGCCAUCUGAACUAUGGCUUGUGGUGUGACAGGAAUGGCCUUAUUCCUCUAUGAUGUGGCUGGGUUACUGCUGAGGACAUCUCAGAAAGUGCUGCUAUGGUCACUAGGUGGCACUUGGAUGAAAAACUAGGUUGACUGAGGCAUGACAGUGUACACAUGCCAUCCUUACAGUCAAGAGGUAAGCCAGCCAGGGUCGCAGUCACUGACUGCCUCAAAAACACUAAAAACCAAACCAAAAAAAUCUAGGUCUAGAUGUUGAGAAAGAUAACUUCUGUUCUUUUGAAUUUCCUCUAAACCUAUCCAUUUGGGUCUAGAGAUUAGCACUAAAUCAUAAUGUCAUGUAGAAAUCAAGUUGAAAAAAAAUAUUAGGAAAUUAUACUCAGCAACAUCUAUUUCUUUGUAGGGGUGGCACAUAACUUCUUUGGACACAUUCAUCACCUCUCCCAGAGGAACUCAUCACACUGCUUAGUGGAGAGUUCAAGAGACCCUCCUCUCCUGAGGGUCAGUUUACUUCUCAGAGUGGAGUGUUAGGAAAUUCUUGCUCUAGGCCUGCAGUGCCUCCCAGAUUCCCUCACAACCCACUGGAAGUUUGUCUCUUCCUCAAGCUGUAUUCACGGGGAGCGAUUUAGCAUUUGUGGACAUUGUGCCUUAGGCAGGAAUCUUUAGUGGGAAGAAAACUAUGCAGUUUCAGGAUAAAAGGAAAAUCUUUCUGUUACCAACAUGUACAGUUAAAAUAGUACUCUGCCAUUUUUGAAAAAUAAUGUCAGGAUCUUCCCUCAAAAAGAAGGUAGCCCCAAUCUGUAAUAUAGCUCAGUUGGUAGAGCACUUGCCUAGCAUGCACAAGACCCCAGGUUCAGUUCCCAGCACUUCAUAAAAUCAACUGUGGUGAACAAAGACCAAUAAUCCCAGCACAGAUGGUAAAAACAGGAGGAUCAGAAGUUCAAGGACAGCCUGGGCUACUUGAGACCCUGUCAAAGGAGUCGUCACUUUUCUAUACUUCACAUGAGCCACUUCGGAGACAUGACUCAUACCAGUUCUGCCGGCGUCCUUGCAGCCCUGUAUCCCACUCAAAACUUAGCUGUCAGAGACAGCACAGUUGCUCCAAGUGUGAUGUGAUCUGUACCCCUGGGACAGUCUGAAUUCAUGUGUGCGUGCAUGCAUGUGUUGGGUGAAGUGGCAGGGGAUAAGAAUAACCUUAGGUGUUUGGGCUGUUAUCAGACCCAGGGAGAGGAGCCUGCUUCAUUUUAUAAAUGACUCUACUACUGAGCUUACCCUCCAUCAAAGUGGAUUACCCCUGCUCUGAAUCUGCGAUGUAGGCCUUAAGCCGUGGUGCUUUGGUGGUAAGUGUGAGGCAGGAAUUGUAAUGGAGUUCGGGGUGAAAACACCAAACUUGGUUAACCUUAGUAAUUGUCAGCUAGGAGGACACUAGCAAGUCCAAGAAGUCCCCCAGUGAGCCCCAUUACCUUUAUCACACCUGUACCGUAGGGUGGGGGCAUAGAGAACACCUCCAUGUUCCUAAGGUUUUUCUGCAUUAGAUCGUGAAAGGUGAUCCUCAGUCCACAUACAGGCUGGCUUUGGUGAAACUGCACAUGAGACUACCUAAGAACCAGUUCCCAGCUGGCUUCCCCAUCUUCACACACUCCAAGCAAUCACCUCCAAGUGGUCAUGCUCAUUAAUAUGUAAUUUUUGAAGGUCACAGUAUGUGCCAGAGGCCCAUACCAUGCCAUCUGCAUGACCCUCAGCAGUGUGCCUUCCUGCUCCAUGUGAGCCAAACACUGUUACUCCAAAGGGAAAGCCUGCUCUUGCUAAAGAUUAUACAUUUAAAAGGCUGAAGGGCCCAUCUCAAGUAUAACAUUGUCAGGAAAUAGCCCCUUAAUAACAAACCAUCUCUAGAAAGUGUUGGUUUAUCUGUGAGAUUCAGUUUUCCUACAUAUAUCUGUAUUCACAGUAUGCUUAAGGAAAAAGCAUUUCAGACCACAAAACUUGGGCACUUGAGCAAUUGUUUCAAAGUUCCUGAUGGGUACAGACACUGUGGGUAACCAUCCUCGUGGGGUUGAGGCAGGAGGAAGGAUAUUCAUUUGUACUAUGUUCUGCAAUUUCUUUUGGACCAGGAAGAAUCUUGGGUCAUUCUUAUUUAAAUGCAAGAACCCUGUAGAAUUCGGCAUGAUGGCUCUUCGCUGUCCCAGUCCAGAGGGAACUGCUUGUAGAGCUGCUUUCAAAGCAAACUCAGCCACAGUGAAAGGUCAACACUUGGGCAUUCUUCUCCGAGGGCCCCAGAACAUCUCUUGUGUCCACUCAUUCAGAGAUGAGAACAAAGCUUUUCUGGCACAGCGUCCCUCGGCCUCUGUGGCAGUCUGUUCCAAAGCCCUGGCUGCUGCCUCGACGAGGGUCUCAUUGUCUUCUGCUACUAAGUGCCAAAAAGCUGAGGAGCUUAGAGGACUCCACUCCCAAGCUCAGUGUGUAGUGUCUUGGGCUAAAGGGCCCAUUCACCCUGACAUUGGUGGGGGUCUUGAGAAGUUGCCAUCUGAGACUUCUCUACCACACUAGCUCACUUCUAUCUAAGUCUGUUACAAGGCAACUUGUCUAGAUCAUUUGGACUUCACAAGCCAUCUCUUGGCCGUGCUUCACCAUGCCAGGCAUCAUCUAAAUACAGAUGGUCUGGUAAUUCUGCUUGCUCAGACUCAGCUAGAGGGGUAGUGGUGGUGGUUCUCAUACUGAAAGGUCUCUGAUAACCUCCUGCUUCUCUAAUCCAAAACUUCUUGACCAAUUGCAAUUGUUUUUCCCACUACUACCAGGUCAGGUUCAAAACCAUUCUGAGCUGGGCGUGGUGGUGCACGCCUGUAAUCCCAGCACUCAGGAGGCAGAGGUAGGAGGGUCGCCAUGAGUUUAAGGUCAGCUUGGGUUAGAGUGAGACACUACCAUUAAAAAAAAAAAUGUGUCCUGAGAAAGGGGACCACUAACCACUCAGCUCUUUUAGCUCUGCGGUCCAUGGUUCAGCAGAGGCCCCUGUCCGUUCACCGCCACACACUUCACCUUUGGCCAGAAGGGGGAAGGAGCAGGCCAUGAGCCUAAGUCACCAGGUUCACUUUCAUUUAAAGAUGCUUUGCUGUGCCGCUAGGUUUGUCUCCAGAAAAAGCAUAGUCCUGUUCUGUUUUUCUGCAUGAAGGCUGCACCGUGGUGCCACAUGCUUCAAGCAACUUAAAUGAGAGGUGAAAGCAAAAUGCAGACUCUACAUCUGAUUUGCCUCAUGUACACUUUCCUGCUAUUUUGUAGAAUCUCAAAGUUUGUAAAUAAAUACCAUUAUUUUUAUAUGGAAAUUUUAUAGAAGAGCUAUUUCUAUAUACUUAAUUAUUCCUGGGGUUUUUGAAAUGGCUUCCAGUAGAUGCCUAAGCAACAUUCCACUAAGGGUGGCUCGAGGAGCACCUGCAGUGGAGUAGACAGGGAACUUGAAAACAUUUGAAAAGAGUAUAAGUCAAGCUUGAGAAGAAACUGUCAGUCUGUUUUAUGAUUUGAAUGAAACUUUAGAAAAUAAAUAAUUUAAAAUAA